UGCACGAGGAGGAGGGACUGACAUUGAGUUUGGGUGGUCAUGCAGUCAGAGAGUGAAUAAUGCACUCAGAUCAGCUUCAUCUGUAGCCUAUGUGUGAGUCUAGAAAGAAAGACAUGACGGGCAUUGCAGUCUCCGUGAUCUAAAAGUGAAAGCUUUAUCAUUGCAAGUCAAGAUAAAGCUGAUGAGUUAUAUUGAUGCCAAAGGCAAAACAAUAUCACCACCAUCCUCUUUCAGAGUCACAACUUCAUGCAUCCGUCACUUUGUGGAGGUAAUAUUAGUAGAUAAGGACGGGAAAAUCCCAACAUGGAACUUUUUUGCUUGGAGAAGGACUCAAACAUGAGAGCUGAGAGGGAUCCCAACAUAUUCUGCGAUGAAAGAGUCUUGCAAAGUCUUUUAACAGUGGAGGACAGAUAUGUUCCGCAAAGACCCUAUUUUGAUUGCGUCCAGAAGGAUAUUCAGCCUUUUAUGAGGCGGAUGGUCGCAACAUGGAUGUUGGAGGUUUGUGAAGAGGAGAAAUGUGAAGAGGAUGUUUUCCCCUUGGCUAUGAACUACCUAGACAGAUUUUUAGCUGCAGUUCCCACGCAAAAAAGUUAUUUGCAGCUCCUUGGGGCUGUGUGUCUCUUCCUGGCCUCAAAAUUAAAAGCAUGCCAGCCGCUGUCAGCCAGAAAGCUCUGCAUGUACACAGACAACUCCUUUACAUCUCAGCAACUGCUGGAGUGGGAGUUGGUGGUGCUAAGUAAAUUGAAAUGGAACAUGGUUGCCAUCACCCCUCUUGACUUUAUCGAACACAUCCUGCACAAACUGCCCUUACCCAAGGACAGACUCGCACUGAUCCGCAAACACGCACAAACCUUCAUCGCCCUCUGUGCAACAGAUCAGAGCUUCACCAUGUUACCUCCCUCCAUGAUCGCCACAGGAAGUGUGGGGGCUGCAGUAUCUGGCCUUCUGCCUGACCAGAGCGAACAAAGUCUGUGGAGGGACAAUCUGAUGGAGCUGCUGGCAAAAAUCACCCACACUGAGGUGGACUGUCUGAAGUCAUGUCAAGAGCAGAUUGAGCAGUUGCUGGCCAAUACCCUCAAAGAGAGUCAACAUCAACAAGCACAGGACGGCGGCACCACCAAAAACGGGACACAGUCUCAGAACCUGUCCUGCACCCCUACAGAUGUCCGCGAUGUCAACCUAUGAUGUCACUUCCUGUCCAUAUCACCACACCUCCUUAACCUACAAAUGACAUAUGAUUAUUUUAUUUUGUUAUUGUAUUUAAGAUUUAUUUCAAAGCCACAUUAGAUGACUGAGACAUGUCAUGGUCAUACAUGCAGAAUAUUCAAAGCUUGGUGUUUUAUAAAAGAGCAGCUGCUGCUGCUGCUGCCUCAAAUCUGCUGGCAGUGGCAUUUUACAUACUUGAAUUUAAAUUGAAUCGGCCACAAAUCAUAAUUAAAUAACGCAGUUUAUUUUACAUUAUAAAUUGUAAUUAACAAAGAGCAUACACUUGUAUUGGCUAUAUAGCAUACAUCUGUAUAGUUUAUUAUAAGGUUUAUAUAAAAAUUAUAAUAAUAAUAAUUAUUAUUAUUAUUACUGUAAUGCUUUUUUUAUUUUAUUUUAUAUUUUUAUUUUCAGUGGCUGUUUUUUAAACUUGGUAAAAUGGGGUCCGAAUGUAUUCCCAGUACAGGCUAUUUUAGAGGAAAGAAAGUGUUCAUUCAGGUUCAAUUUACUUAUCAUAUAGAUAAUAAUACCAGUCAGACUAGCAGAUUAUAUAUAACAGGAUUUAUUUACCAAUGAAUCUCAUUGCAUGCAAUAAGCAUAAAUUAUUCUUUAGUAUGCCAUGUUUCAGUCCAUGCAAACUGACUGUAAUAAUUUCAGAAGCACACGGUGAUUUCCGAUGGACACUAAGUAUGUAGUGAAGGUUGAGUAAAGGUGUUGUAGGCAAGGAAGAAAAGAGGUGGAUUUUAGGAUUUAAGAUGGAACUGGAAAGUUUACACACGUGAUUGUAAGAGUGACUGGUGCCGAGGACAGAUUGACUGAUGAACAUGGUUCUGGAACAUUAAGAUCUGUAAUCAUUUAUAGUUUAUUUAGACUAUGCUUUACAAAUUUGGUUGCUGUUUGCUCAUAUUUUGCUCAUAUUAUGUAUAAACAGCAACACGUGGGAUGGAAAAAAUGCUGAAGGGAUUUAAUGUUGUUUAAUAUUAUGAACGUUUUGAAAUCCUUAGCAAAAAAAAUACAAAUGCACUUUCAGUACUCACCUCCCACUGGCUAUCCGUGGCAUACAAGAGGAGGGCAAAUUAUUUCUAAGGGCUUUUAAUUUUUUUUUAUUGCUUUUCUUUUAAGUUAUUUUUGUUUUGGGGCUGGUUUCCCAUAUUAGGUGUGUUUGCGGGUUUUAGUUAUAAAUUUAGACCAAUAAAUUUAGACCAAAACUGAUCUAACAGUCAGCUGCCAUAGACAUGGUGAAGUUUGAAAUUAUUAUUAUUAUUUUUUUUUUUAGUUGUGUUGAAUUCAUGUCAGCAUAGAUAGGACAUCAUCAAUUGUAUUUCACUCUAUUAUUUUUUCUUUUCUUUUGUCAAAAUAUCAGUCAUCUACUUGAACUUUUCUCAUAUACUAUGCCAAUAAUCUUUCUCUGCCUUCAUUAGUUCAUUCUUGCACUUUCUUAGGAAAUUGAUUUCAUAAGUCAGUUUGAAUUUUACUAAUGGACCUAAAAGUUACUCCGAGGUGUUUGAGAAUGUUUACUUAAAGUAUAAAACCAAUGUGCCAUUCAAACACAACCAUACAAAUGAACAUGUUGGGGCUCCAAGUUUGAAUGUGAGAGUUUUGUUCAUUUUAGUCUUAAAUGGUUUUCACACAUUUGGCUCUCCAAUCAGUUUGUGUUUGUGUGCUAUCAUACCAAUUUUUAGGUUCUUUUAUUUCUGUGUAAACCUGGUUUGAACUUGUGUUCAAGUGCUGCUAAAAGAAAAAGAAAAAAAAAAAGAAACAGCUAUCGCAUACCUUCAUUUACUUUUCUGUGUUGCUGCUA